AUAAAACCCGCCAUUCCGAACAUCCGACCAUUUCCAAUGGCAUUCCCUAUCACUGCCUCCGUUUCCUUUCUCUUUCUCUUUCUCUUUCUCUUCUUCUCGUACACGACCCUCUCUUUUCCUUUGGUGUCAUCCCCCCUCGCUCGCCUGCUCGAUAUCCAACGACGGGAGCAAUCACCGCCCUCAGUCCAAUUGGCCGCCGCCCGCGGCCUCCUCGCGCGCCUCCUUCCUUCCCAUAUCUCCAGCUUUGACUUCGAGAUCGUUUCCAAGGAAACAUGUGGUAGAGAAGCAUGCUUUAUCAUUAGCAAUCAUCCAUCAUCAGAAUCCAAGGAACAACUGGUGUUGAACUUUCAGCUGGUCUUCAUUGGUACUUAAAGCACUGGUGUUGGGCUCACAUAUCCUGGGAGAAGUCUGGGGGUUUACAAUUGUUAUCUGUGCCAAAAGCAGAAUCCCUUCC